AUGGCUAAAAGGAUGGCUCUGGAAGAGGGGAUUUUAUGCGGGAUCUCAUCCGGUGCUAACGUCCAUGCGUCUUGCAAACUUGCCGCUCGUCCUGAAAUGGCGGGAAAACUUAUCGUUACUCUUCUGCCUAGCUUUGGCGAACGUUACCUUUCAACGCCACUUUAUGCAAGUGUUCGCGAUGAGGCCAUGGAUUUGGGUGUGAAUAGUCUUGAAUACGACUUAAGCCGUGUAAGCCUGCCGAAGUUUCCUGUUGAAGAAAACGAAGGACCACACCUUAAUCACUGA